CGCGGGACCUGGGUGCGAGGAGGCAGAUUUGAGGGGACUCAAACUCGGGGGUGUGACUCAAGGACUGCGAUUCUCCGAACCUUCGCUGGCUACCACCGCUGGCCGGGCGGCCGCAGGCGAGCGCUCGGAGCUGGCGGAUGCCAGGACAGGUGCUUGCGAGCAUCGGCAAUUGGUCUGCCAACUGAAAGGCGCCAUUGACAUCUUUUGGCUCAGCGGUAGCGGUACCGGACGACAACAUCACUGCUUUCUUUCGUUGCCAUUCCUGUCGUCGGUUUUGGCCGCUCCUCGGUGACUGGAAUGGACUUGACUGACACCAUUUUCUUCCUCCCCUGACUCUUCCUUGCGGAUCUCCUUUCUUUUUUUGUCACCGGGAGUGCGUUACGCCAUUAGCCCAAGCUAUUCAUUCACAUGUCUGCGCGAGUGGUCGCUUCGCAGAAGAUGACGAACCAAGGUGGAAGGAAGCCCUACUGCUUUCAAGCCAACUUGUAACGAAGAUGCCUAUUUUCCUCGAAAAAGCGCCACAACGGAGCCCGACUUGACACAUUCGGUGCAAAUAGAAAACUAAGGCACGUGGGCGACAAGAACUGCAGGCGUCGGUGACCUCAUCUUGUGUGCGUGUCUGUGCGCUCUGGGAGUACGGAUUAGGAGAAAGACGACUGAGCAAGGACUGCGCGAAGAAAACUAAUCAGCGCCAAGCGAGACAGGUCACACCGUAGAGACUUGCGACGACGAUGGAGAAGUUCUUCAGACAGGAUUUAACGGAUCAGCGUACUAGAAACAGGGAUUAGCUUCCUUUAUUUUUGCGUUUUACUUACCCCGGAGGAAUGAGGGCGCCCUGCUUACACCUGUGCGUCGUCGUUAGGGUUUGUGAGAAACGGUGACAACGCGGUGCUUUUGAGAGUUGUCUACGGUUUUCUUCAUCCUCCCGAAUACGCUAUCAAACGAGAGCCUUCACAACGGCGUGCAGAGGAAAAAAGGACCAAUUCUUCUUUGUUUCAAUGAGGACGCCUUCGCCGUGUGUAUUCAUCGCUUGUUCAGCUUUGGUAGUGUUCCUUCAUGAACAAAUUCUAGCGGCCCAUGUCGGCUACCACGGUGUGCCUCCGACUGUUCGUGUCGGAGGCCUCUUCGACACGGCGCCCUCAGAGGACGACGAGCGGGCUUUCACGUACGCCGUGGAACGCGUCAACCUCAACAACGACGUGCUGCCCAGAACUACGCUGCUUCCCCUACUGGAAACGCUCAAGCCGCGAGACAGCUUCCAUGCAUCGAAAGCCGUGUGCAGUAUGCUCAAGCAAGGCGUGUCCCUGGUGCUCGGGCCUCGCACUCCCUCCGUGGUGUCCGUGUUGGGCUCCACCUGCAGCGCGUUCCACGUGCCCCACGUGCAGACCAGUUGGAGUGCGCCGGUGGCUGAUCCCGCGUCGGGACAGCGCCUGUUCUCGGUCAACGUGUAUCCGCAUCCGGACGUGCUCAGCCGGGCCUACGUCGACCUCGCGCUCAAGACGAGCCGCUGGAAGAGCGUCACCGUCAUCUACGAGGAGAGCGAAAGUUUUGUACGCAUGAAGGACGUGCUCAACACAUCGUUCGCGCUGGGCGCCACCGUCAACCUGAUGCUGUAUCGGCCAGGGGGCGGUGCCGUCAAGACGCUGCUCAAGCGGGUCGACCUCGCCAAGGAGUUCAACAUCGUGCUCGAUGUGCCCACCGAGCGUGUGUACGAGUUCCUCGAAGCGGCAUCUGAAAUCGGAAUGAUGACCGAAUAUUACAACUACAUCAUCACUUCCCUGGACACGCACACGCUGGACAUGACGCGUUUCCAGGGGGCGCUGGCCAACGUGUCGGCACUGCGGCUCGUUGACCUGGACAAGGAGGAGACGAGGAAGCUGCUUCACGACUGGACCAACUCGGAGCUGCGCUUCGGACGCCAUGCGGUGGAAAUGACUGCGCUUAGGACAGAGCUGGCUCUGCUGUUCGACGCGGUGUCCCUAUUUGCCCGAGCACUCCACGACAUGGAACACGUGGAGAACUUCGAAUUAAAGUCAUUCUCCUGCGAGGCGCCUUCCAAUUGGACCAACGGGGAGGCUCUGCUACAGCGUAUAAAAACGGUCCACGUAAAGGGGCUCACUGGCUACGUACGUCUUGAUGAAGAUGGAUUGAGAACCGACUUUGCCCUGAACGUCAUUGAGCUCAAAUCAACGGGCUUCGAAAAGGUUGGCACGUGGACACGUCGCACGGGCAUACGCUUCUCACGGGGAUAUGUGCAGCAAAAGCAGGAAGAGCUCACUGACGUCAUCCAAAACCGAACGUUCCGUGUCUCCACCAUUGUGAACCCGCCGUACACCAUGCUCAAGAAGGACGCCCAUCUUCGCACGGGCAAUGAUCGCUUCGAGGGCUUCGCGGUGGACCUGAUGGAUGCGCUGGCGCAAAAGAUCGGCUUCCAGUACGAGAUGCACCUCGUCAAGGACAAGGCCUACGGCAGCAACGCCUCGGGAGAGUGGAACGGAAUGAUACGUGAGCUAAUUGACAGAGAGGCAGACAUGGCCAUCGUGGACCUAACCAUCACGUACCUACGAGCACAAGUGGUCGACUUCACGAUGCCCUUCAUGAAAACCGGCAUCAGUAUCCUGUUUCGAAAGCCGCUUUUGGACAACCCGCCUCUGUUCUCCUUCCUGCUUCCUUUCUCCGUCGACGUGUGGCUGUACAUGCUGACUGCCUACUUAGCUCUCAGCUUGUGGUACGGGCUGCUCGGACGGUUCAGUCCCUUUGAGAAUCGUUUCGCUCUAGUUCGUACCGCCUCCGGUAUCGAUACCCCUCAGUGGGACCCUGAGGAAAUGGAAAAGGAGCUGGACUUCACAAACCGGUUCUGGUUCGCCAUCGGUUCCCUCAUGCAACAGGGCUCGGACCUGAACCCCAGCGCAGUGUCGACCCGCAUCAUCGCCAGCAUCUGGUGGUUCUUCACGCUCAUCAUGAUCUCUUCGUACACCGCCAAUCUGGCCGCAUUUCUGACUGCACAGCGAAUGACGUCACCCAUCGAAAAUGCCCACGACCUAGCCAAGCAGACGAGCAUCGACUAUGGCUGUCUCUUGUCCGGAUCAACCAAAGCAUUCUUUCAGGACUCGGACUCGUCGCUCAUUAAGCGCAUGUGGGCCGUCAUGGAGUCUGCUCAACCCAGCGUGUUCGCCGAGACGAACGAGAAGGGCGUAGAACGAGUGCUUCGCGGCGGCUACGCCUACCUGAUGGAAUCCACUACCAUCGAGUACAUGGUGCAGAAAAACUGCCAGCUCAUGCAGAUAGGCGGACAGCUGGACUCCAAAGGAUACGGCAUAGCCACUCCCCCUGACGCCAAGAUCCGCAGCGCUUUGUCUGCGGCCAUUGUGGAGUUCCACGAAGGGGACCUGCUGUUCAAACUCAAGGAGAAAUGGUGGAAGACACGGAACCCACCGGAUCCGACCGCUCUGACCAAAUGCCACUUGUACUCUAACGCUUCCUCCUCAUCGUCAAGCAGCAGUGAGAUGGGCCUCGCCUCCGUCGGUGGCGUCUUCAUCGUCCUGAUCGUCGGCUGCCUCGCGGGGGCUAUACUCUGCUUGGGAGAGUUUAUAUGGGAGCUUCAGAAGACUCCCUACGGAGAAAGGGAGUCGAUCCCGAUGGAAAUGUUCCACGCGUGCAAGUUGGUCGUAACUUGCCGCGGACGCAAGUUCAGCCCGACGUCGCGUUCCAUGGAAGGUUCGCUGGACGGAGAGGCUACUCUUCGCUCUGUUGCUCAGUCUUCGACAAGAAGCGGGGGCAUGGCUGUGGGAUAGAUUUUAAAACUUGCCCGCAUUGUUCUUACACUCUUAUCCAGGUUCUGCAAAAAGUCUUAGCUGUAGCCAGGAAACGUGGCAUUUUGGUAAAGUUUUGGAAACUACAGUUUUCUACACAUUUCCAAAAGCACAGUGCCCCAGUGGUAGAGUACAGUACAGGAAACUGUUCAGCUUCCGGAAGUACAGUUUCCAAAACCUUUUGGGCAUUGUACACUACCUUUUAGAACAGCAGUUUCCUGUACUGUACUGUACCUUUCGGGCAUUGUGCUGUACCUUUAUGAACAGUACAGUUUUCUGUAUUGCACUGUACUUUUCCGAGACUGUGCUGUACCUUCUGGAACAGUACAGUCUUCGAAGCUGUAUAGCUAUGUAUACUGUACUGCGCCUUUCCGGACAGUACAGUUUUGGAAACUGGCCAGAUUUCUUACUGUACUGUACUCUUAGAACAGUGCAGUUUUGGAAAUGUACCGAAAGACCAAACUUGGUCUUUUGGUACAGUUUUCUGGUUUUAGCUUGCACAUUAUGCAGGACCUGGUUUAGAGUGUACCGCUAGCCUUUCGGGCCAGGGUACACCAAACUGUGGCACUUUCUUUCGAUUAGAGGAUGUUUCUGCUAUAUUUCAUCCAU